AUGGUUGGCUAUGACGACCGCGACGACUACCGUCGCUCGGGUUCAUCCCAGCAUCGCUCGCGCACCAGUAAGCAUCAUGCCUCGUCUCCGCAUAGAUCCCAAGCACACGAGCCGACCAGACGACGCUCUCGUUCUCCCCCCUCUCAUCGCUAUCCAUCCUCGCACAGUCAUCACGGCCGUGCUGAUGAUCCAUACGUGAGUGGCACCGAUUCAUCUAGGCGGCGCGAGCGCGAAUACAGCCGCGACCAUGACCAUCAUCGUCAGCGAGACUGGGCCAGAGACAGGCCAGAUCAUCGCUACUCUGCUACGUCCUCCUACAGCAAUGCCGAGGACGCAGCUGCGAGAUCCAGCGGUCGCAGGCGCUGGGAUCAAGGUGCACCGUAUCCGUCGGAUACCCAAUUGAACCAGACUGCAAUGCAGGGUGCCAGAACGCCCAUUGCCGAUUCGCUUCCACAGAGACCAGCAGCGCCACCAGGCGCAGCUCCUGGACCACCGCCGAGCGCACCCCCUUCCUUCGCAUCCAUAUCGACCUCAUCUGCUGCAACUCCGGUGUCGGCGGAAGAACAGGCAAAGCUCGCAAAGAAGGCACGCCUCGAAGCAUGGCGCAAGGAGCAAGCCGCUAAAAAGGCGCUCGAGGAGGCGAGAGUGCGUGCCCAGAACAUCACAGACAGUGUCGCACCUGGGACAAAGAAGCCAGAAGCUGCUACAGCCACCUCGAGUGGACCAGGUGCUCCCACCUCCAUCAAUGCUUCCGGUCUCCGCACUCUCUCACUGCGUGCAGAUCCUUCCAAGGUCAAUGCCCAGAAUCGUUCGCAAUCCAUGAUGGACGACGCUGCCGAACCAUCCAGCCAAAAGCGCAUGACACGCUUCGACGAUCUGCCUCCUCUGGACCCUAACGUCGGCAACCACGCCGUCGGGCAGAAUCUCGCCGACGACGACGAAGCAGACACCGCGCCUGGAGAGCCCGGCGCCAAAGCGGCCGACGACAUGGACGUGGACGACGAAGAGGAAGAAGAUCCGCUGGACGCCUUCAUGUCCACCGUCAAGUCUCAGGUGGCGCGCGUCAACGAGAACGAUCGCCGCAAAGCCGCGAGCAACGGUAAUGCUGCUGCAUCCAGGGACAAGACGAAAGCUGUUGUGCUGGGACAGGAGGAGAGCGAUGCAGAGGCCGACGCUUCCGACAAGGAAGUCGACGAACUUGAUCGAGUCGGCGUUGCUACAGAAGACCUCUUGGCCAUCGCCGCCAAGAAAGUCAAGAAGAAGGAGUUGGCCACCGUCGAUCACUCGGCCGUCGACUAUGAACCCUUCCGAAAGGUCUUCUACCAUCCGCCGGCAGAAAUCGACGACAUGUCCGAAGAGCUCGCCGACCAGAUUCGCUUGGAGAUGGACGCCAUCACGGUGCGUGGCAAGGACUGUCCCAAACCGCUCACAAAAUGGUCGCACUGCGGCCUUCCCGCAAGCUGUCUCGACGUCAUCAAACGGCUUGGGUACGAAACCCCCACCCCUAUCCAAAGCCAGGCCAUCCCUGCCAUCAUGUCUGGCAGAGACAUCAUCGGUGUCGCCAAGACAGGCUCAGGAAAGACCAUGGCGUUUCUGCUGCCCAUGUUCCGCCACAUCAAGGAUCAGCGUCCCGUCGAGACAUCCGAGGGCCCCGUGGGCAUCAUCAUGACUCCAACGCGAGAGCUCGCCGUGCAGAUCUACCGAGAGAUGCGACCUUUCAUUCGUGCGCUGGGUCUGCGUGCAGCCUGUGUGUACGGAGGCGCGCCGAUCUCGGAGCAGAUUGCAGAGAUGAAGAAGACGGCCGACAUCGUAGUCGCAACGCCCGGCCGCAUGAUCGAUCUUUUGACAGCCAACUCGGGCCGAGUGACAAAUCUGCGCCGCGUCACCUACCUGGUGUUGGACGAGGCCGACCGAAUGUUCGACAUGGGCUUCGAGCCGCAGGUGAUGCGAAUCGUCAACAACAUUCGACCCGAUCGUCAGACAGUGCUAUUCUCAGCCACCUUCCCGAAGCAGAUGGAGUCGCUGGCGCGCAAGGUGCUCAAGAAUAAGCCGCUGGAGAUUACCGUCGGCGGUCGCAGCGUGGUCGCAGCCGAGAUCGAGCAGAUCGUCGAAGUGCGCCCCGAGGCGAGCAAGUUCCACCGCCUCCUCGAGAUCCUUGGCGAGAUGUACAAUCGCGAGAAGGAUGCACGUACGCUCAUCUUUGUCGACCGACAGGAGGCUGCCGACGAGCUCCUCAAAGAUCUCAUCCGCAAGGGUUACGUGACCAUGUCGCUACACGGCGGCAAGGACCAGGUCGACCGAGACGAGACGAUUUCGGACUUCAAGGCCGGCAACGUGCCGAUCGUGACUGCAACCUCGGUGGCAGCGCGAGGUCUCGACGUCAAGCAGCUCAAGCUCGUGAUCAACUACGACGUGCCGAACCACAUGGAGGACUAUGUGCAUCGUGCAGGGCGUACGGGCCGCGCGGGUCAGAAGGGCACCUGCAUCACCUUCGUCACGCCUGAGCAAGACCGCUAUGCGCGCGACAUCAUUGCUGCUCUCAAGGCUAGUGGCGCACAUGUGCCGGUCGAGCUCGAAAAGAUGGCCGAGUCGUUCAAGGAGAAGCUCGCUGCAGGCAAGGCCAAGGCGGCUGGAUCCGGCUUCGGCGGCAAGGGUCUGGACAGGCUUGAGACGGAUCGAGAGAAGGCGCUCAAGGCGCAGAAGUCGGCGUACGGUGAAGUGGACGAGGAUGGCAAAGCAGCCGCUGCUGGUGAUGCUGGCGAUGGCGCAGGCAAGGGAGGCACGCAGCCGGGCGCGUCCAGCUCAGAGGAGCAGCUGAACAAGAUCCAAGGUAUGAAGAUCGAAAUCAUGCACGGUGCAGCGCCUGAAUCGGUGCGUGACAACCGCACCGUAUCCUCGAACGACGAUGCGUCUGGUGGAGCUGGAAAGGGCAAGGAGCAGGAGCAGGAGGCCAAAGAGGCCGCCCAGCUCAAAGCGCAAGAGGCGGCAUUGGAAGCGGCCAAGGCGCACGGAGCCGACACGACCAAGCUGGCUGCGGUGCUGGAGAACAUCCGGAAGCAGGCCAAUGCUCGGCGCGAGUCGGCCAAGACGUCGGAGACGGAUCGGGCCAAGGAACGAAAAGCGCGCGAUCCGGAUGCGACGGACUACCAUGCGAUUGUGCCGAUCAACGACUUCCCGCAACGCGCGCGCUGGCGCGUGACGAACAAGGAGACCAUGAGCCAUCUGAUCGAGUCGACGGGCGCAUCGAUCACCAACAAGGGCGUCUUCUACAAGGAAGGCACCGAGCCGCAGCCGGGCGAGCCGCCGAAGCUGCAGCUGCUGAUCGAGUCCAACACAAAGUCGAUGGUCGAAGAUGCGGUGCGCGAGAUCCAGAGGCUGCUCGUCGAGGCCACCCAGGCUGCGUUGGAGGCCGAAGCGCGCAAUCCAGGCACCACGGGCCGAUACACUGUUGUCUAA